UCAUGUAUCCUCUGGGAAAGUGAGAAAAUCAUCACAAGAGAGGGAUAUGAAAAUCACGAAAAUAUCUGACACUGAAUCUGAAAAUGAAGUUCAAAUUCUUGACAAGGAAAAAAAUCCCGUAAAUUUCAAAAAACUGAGUAUGUGUGGUGGUUUCAGUACUGCCAGUGGAAAAAAAAUUAAUGUUUCAGAAGAAAGUUUGGCAAGAGUCAUGAAUGUUUUUUCUGAUAUAACAGAAAUUGAAAAUAAUACUUUUACAGUAGGGAAUAUGAAGGUGAAAGAAGCACAUGAAGCGUAUUCUUCCAAGAAGAAAGAUAUGAUAUCUGUUGAGAAAGGGCAAAAGUUGUCACUGAACAAGAAUGUAACAACCAGGAAAAUAUCUGACAGAGAAUUUGAAAAUGAAGUGAAGCUGCUUGACAGAAAAGAAAGUUAUGUAAAUUGUGAAAGACUGAAUAUGUUUGGUGGUUUUCUUACAGCUGGUGGUAAAAAGGUGGGUGUUUCAGAAGAAAGUUUGGUGAGAAUCAAGAAUCUGUUUUCUGAUAUAACAGACAAUAUUGAAGAAACUACAUUGACUUUAAUGAAUGUGAAGGAAAAAGAAGCUACUGAGAUGUGCUGUGUCAAGAAGAAACAUGUAAUAUCCCCUGAGAAAGUGAAAAACUCAUCAUUGGAGAAGAAUACAGGACCUAGGAAAAUAUCUGAUGCAGAAUUUGAAAAUGAAGUGAAUCUGCUUGACACAGAAGAGAGUUCUACCAAUUGCAAAAGACUAAAUAUAUGUGGUGGUUUUGUUACAGCUGGUGGUAAAAAGGUGAGUGUUUCAGAAGAAAGUUUGGUGAGAGUCAAGAAUCUGUUUUCUGAUAUAACAGAGAAUGUUCAAGAAACUGCAUUGACAUUAGUGGAUGUGAAGGGAAAAGAAGCAACAGAGAAAUACAGUGUCAAGAAGAAAGAUGCAGUAUGCCUUGAGAAAGUGAAAAACUCAUCACCAGACAAGUGUACUGGAACUAGGAAAAAAUCUGAAACAGGAUUUGAAAAUGAAGUGAAUCUACUUAACGAGGAAGAGAAUUCUGUCAACUGCAAAACACUAAAUACAUGUAGUGGUUUUGUUACAGCUGGUGGUAAAAAGGUGGAGAUUUCGGAAGAAAGUCUGGUAAGAGUCAGAAAUCUGUUUUCUGAGUUAACAGAUAAUGCCUUAGAGAAUACACUGACUGUAGAGCAUGUGAAAGGAAAAGAAACAACUGGAAAUCAGUCUCUUAAGAAAAAAGAUGUAUUACCACAUGAGAUAGCGAAAAAACGACUAUCAGACAGGACUACUGGAAGCAAGAAAAUAUCUGAUUCAGAAUCUGAAAAUGAAGUAAGGCUGUUCGAUAAGAAACAAAAUGUUAUAGGUAAUGAAAGGAUGAAAAUGUAUGGUGGUUUUGUCACAGGUUGUGGUAAAAAAGUGGAGGUCUCUGAAGAGAGUUUGAUGAAAGUAAGAACUCUUUUUGCUGACAUAACAGAUAAUGAGGAAAAUUCAUCUGUGGUUUCAAGGAAUGUAGACAGUUCCCCAUCAUGUAUGAAAAAAGCCUGUAUUACAAACUCCGAUUGUCUCCAGAAUGAAUUUGCAGGUAUGGAAACUCAUCUUCAGACAGCAUAUCGGAAGCCUACUGCUACUAGCUCCAAAGAAACAGUAAUGUCAGUUUUAGAUAGAAAAAACUAUGUUUCUGGCACAUCUACUUCAAACAAGCCACAUGGUAAUGCUCUUGCAGAAAAUAUGUUGCAGCACAAUGUGAAGGUUAAUGUAGCUACUAAACUGAGAAUCCAAAAGCAUGAAACCACUUUGACACAGGAAGUUUCAGAAAGUACAGCAGCCCUUCUUCUAGAUGAUGAUUUUAAGAAAGAAUUAGAAGAAUCAGAUUCCUCAUGUUUCUCUGUGUUAACAGAAAUAAGCUGCUCUCCAGAUUUGUCUGUUACUAUGGGAAGUACCACCAGUACGGACAGAGAGCCUGGAAGUCCAGUUAUUGGGUCAAGGAACAAAUGCAACCGAUCAAAUAAAGUGCUUGUACGCAAGAACACUUCAGCAAAGAGAGCUGAAAGUGUCACAGCAUCAGUGAAGAAGGUAUGUGACCAAUCACAAUCUGAAGAUAAGAAGAAUAAUAUACCACCAUACAUACCGGAGAUAAAUGGUAGACAGAAGAGAUGCAGCUCUGUUAAAGAUAACAGGUUGCACAAAAAGCAUUGCAAGUCUAACACAAAUCUGAAUGAAGAUGCUGGUCUUGAAAAUGACAGAGAACCACCCGCUGCGAAGAUCAAAGCGUCUAUCGUCCCAUCACCAGGAAGUUGGUUGCAGCUAAGAAUGACAAGCCAGAAACGGUGUGUUAAGUGGAGAGACUUUUCUGGUGGCAAUGCUCUGUCCCAAUUUACAGAAUCAGAACUUCUUCAGUUUGGAGUGAAGAAAUCUGUAAUAAAUGUGACAUCCAAAACUGCUGAAUUUUUUAAAUUUUCUGCUCAUGAUUUUUACAGGGAAGAAGACUGUCAAGCCCUUCAAGCUGCGGAUGAUACAUCUUUGGAAUUUGAUUUGGGUGGGUUUGCUGGUGUGCAAGAAGUGGAACGAGCUUUUGUAACUAGUCCUAAUGUGGACAAAUCUCUAAUACCUGCUGGAUGGAUUCAGAACCAUUAUCGCUGGAUUGUCUGGAAAUUGGCUGCAACAGAGAGGAGCUUUCCCCAUAUUUUUGCUUCAAGAUAUCUGACUCCUCGUGUGCUGCUUCUGCAACUCAAGUAUCGCUAUGACCGUGAAAUCGAUAUGUGUCAGCGAUCUGCUUUAAGGAGAAUCAUGGAGCACGAUGAUGCGCCAGGCAAGCGUAUGGUACUUUGUGUUGCAGAUGUAAUCAAGCAUGAAGAAGCACAGGAAGAAAAUGGAAAAGAAGGAAAUAGACAGUGCUUGAAAAUGUGCAACUAUGAAUUGGAACUGACUGAUGGUUGGUACAGCAUUGGGUGCACUGUUGAUAUGGAAAUGUGUCACUUAAUAGAAGCAGGCCGUGUUGCAGUUGGUACUAAGCUAGUAACCCACAGUGCAGAGCUGGUCAACUGUGAACAGCCUUGUUCACCAUUGGAGGCAGGACCCAAUGUUAGAUUAAAAAUCCAUACAAAUUCAACAAGAAGAGCACGCUGGGAUUGCAGACUUGGGUUCUGUAGACAGCCUGGUCCUUUGCCUGUCUCUCUCAGUUCACUGAAACCUGCUGGUGGUGUCAUCAGUUGUGUUACUGCUGUAAUUGCUCGAGUCUAUCCUGUUGUAUAUAUGGAAAAGGGCCCUGAUGGAAAGGCAGAAUUUUAUUCAGCAAAACAAGAGGCACUUCGUGCUUCAAAACGAGAGCGACAGUGGCAAGAGCAUAUAGAAAAACUAUACAGCCAGGAACGUGCACAAUUGAGUCAGAUAGAAUGGUUCAGUGCCUGCAGCCAACAGAGUAAAAGCAAAGGGAAGAAUAAACAACACGUAACAACUCCUACGCGACAACAGUUAGCUGCUGCUACAAGCGCUGAAGACCUUUGCCAGUUACUUUUCAAUGCACCUGAUCCAGCGUCACUUCAGUCUUUGCUGACUGAGGAGCAGCAAAAUGCCAUUGCUAACUAUCAGCAGAUGCGCCAGCAGCAGUUGUUACAAGAACUGGAGUCAAGAGUUCGCAAGAGAAUAGAAGAAGAAAGAAGUGUGACUUCAUCAUUAGCACUACUGAAGGUUCGCUGUCUGGAUGCUAAAGACUGUUCUGCUAGGUCAGCAGUUCUUUCCAUUUGGCGCCCUUCAGAAGAUCUCUUAACACUGUUCCAGGAGGGAAGUGCAUUGAAGAUAUUUAGCAUCACUGCCAAUGGAUUAAGGAAUGGAGACUUGCAACUUUCUGCGUGCCGCCAGUCUCGUUAUCAGCCUCAACCUAGUCACCUUCCAGAAGAUUUCCCAGCCAGAUAUGCAACACCAUUGUCUCAGGUGUCAAGUGGCAACCUUCAUGCGUCGUUUGGGGAAAUGGACUGUGUUGGAGUUGUUGUACAUGUCGCUCCUCUCUCUGGAAAUUACCAGACAGUCUACCUAGCUGAUGCAGACAUGGAUAUUGUGGGCAUUUCUUUCUGGAAUGGUCUUAAGAGUUCAGGUUGGGAGGAUAUACUUCAGCAGAAGGCUUUAGUGGCUUGUAGUAAUUUACAAAGUCGUGUGGGCGCUGCUGUUCACUGGAUACCCACAACGUAUGCCACAGAAUUUUCAAUUUUCUCGCAACAUCCUCGCCAAAAGCACCUCGUUGAAGCUCUUGACUCACUGAGAAGGAAUAUUAAUAUGGAUAUUGACAAUUUUUCAUAUACUUGUGAAGGAAUUGUUUUGUCAUUCCUAAAUGAGAAUUUUGUGACUCCAGUGAGAAAUGCAUCUCUUAAUGUGAGACAAACAAAACCUUCAACAGCAGAAUUAUCACGGCUAAGUAAACCAGCUGUUACACCAGAACUGAGUGAAAAAGUUCAGCGUAGGCUGUUCAAGCUGGAACAGUAUGGCGAACCUCCCAGUCUCUCACCAUUGGCUCUGACCCCACGAAGUCGUGUGCUCAAAAAGAAUUUCCAUGUGCCUCUGAAGACUGAUCAGACAGCAGAGUUAUCUUGUGAUGAUAGUCCUCCAAUGAGCCUUGACUCCGAUGAUACUUAAGUAGUCUUUGAUUAAAAGAAUUAUGUGAUAGUGUGUUUUUUUUGUAUAAGGCAGUGUUCAGUGCCAUUGCAAAAGUUCAUUUAUUUUUGAGGGACCUCAUAUUGAAAAGAACAUAAUUUUUGUUAUAGUAGAAGAUAAGAUACUGUUUUAAAGAAACAAAAUGUAAUCUUUUAUCACAGUCAUAUAACAAGCAAGUAAAUUCUUUUUCAUGCUGCUGAAAUAGUGCUACCAUAAAAUUAUGUAUAUUUCUAUAUUUCUUGGUAUCCAAGAAGAUGAGUAUGGCAGAUUGAUAUAUUAUUGUUUUAUGUAUAGUGUAAGAAGUUUAUUUUAAUAGCAUCGUUGAUGCACAGAAAAGUACAAAAAUGUAUGUACCAUUAAUUUGAGAAUCACAUAGAACUGAAGAUGACUUCUUUAUGAGGGACCAUGUUGGACAAAGCUCUUCAAGCAGCUAGACAUUUUUUCUGUUCCCUUAUCAUAUGAAAGUCUGUAGCUUUUUAAAGUUCAUGGUGUGUUAACAUCUGUACAAGCUGCUGAAGUUUCAACCCAACAAUACUUAACUGUUCAAGUAAACAAACACAUUUUUGUAUGAAGGAUUUGUUAGACGCUGCUUACGGAAACACAAUGUUCCUGAUAUCAUUAUUUUUUUUUCUGUAGUUGUGGAUGGUGCUUCUAAUUAAGUUUUAUUGCCCUUUAUUAUAAUCAGGAAUGUAAAAAAUCUUUGUUGUAGCUGUGAAACACUAAUCCAGAGAUACUAUUGUACUGUAUUGAAUAACAUUUGUGUGAUUUUUGAAACCAGAAAACUUUUAAGUAAAGUUGAAACUGAUAGGUUUAUUGUAACUUUUAAUUAUCUGUGAUAUCUUUGAUAGUAGUGUUUUGUCU